AUGAGGCCGCUCGACGAGAAGGAGACCACGAUGGUCUUCGAGAAGCUCUUCAAGUUCACGGGCCCCAACCUGAAGCACCUCCUGGAGCGGCCCUCGGCGGAGGGCCCCGACGCGGAGCCGGGCCGCUACUGCCUGCGCCUCCACAAGAACCGCGUCUUCUACGCCUCCGAGUCGCUGGUCCGCCGCGCCACCGCCGUGUCCCGCGUCCGCCUCGCCGGGGUCGGCACGCCCAUCGGCAAGUUCACCCACGGCGGCGCCUUCCACCUCACCGUGCACGCGCUCGACCUCCUCGCCGCGCACGCGCGCCGCCGCGUCUGGCUCAAGCCCGACACCGAGCGCUCCUUCCUCUUCGGCAACUCGGUGCCCAAGUCCGCGCUCGCGCGCAUCACCGAGAACACCAAGUCGGGCGACGGCGUCGUCGUCAUGUCCAUGGCCGACGUGCCGCUCGGGUUCGGGGUCGCCGCCAGGGGCGCGCAGGACUGCAGGAAGGCCGACACCAACGCCGUGGUGGUCUUGCACCAGUCGGACGCCGGCGAGUACCUCCGCAAGGAGGAGGAGCUCAUGUGAGGUGAGGCUUGGGUGUUGUUACUGGUUGUUGAUCAUAUGAGUGAAUUUUGUAGGGACCGAAUGUCUUGCUACUUGUACGAUGCUUCAUGCCUAUGGCAUUUCCAUGUACUGAAUUGGUUAUAUUAUGAGAUGAGAUGGUUGCCAAUUUA